AUGUCAAUCCCUCAGAAGACCGCGCACUACUUCCUGCCCAAGGCGACUUGGCCUAACCAGACUUGGACUUCACAGGUUGGCACCUACAAGAGUCUCGAAAAGCGAGAGGCACCGGUUCCCAAACCCAAGGCCGACGAGGUCCUCGUCAAAAUCCAUGCCGUAUCCCUCCAGUACCGCGAUUACUCUGUGGCCCAAGGGAUUUACGACAUCGGGACUUACGAAAACAUUAUACCAUGCUCAGACAUGGCCGGAGAAGUCAUCUCCGUAGGCGAGGAUGUGAAGAAGUGGAAGAUUGGAGACCGAGUUUGCUCCAAUUUCUGCACUGAACAUCUCUACGGAGAUCCUACCGAGGAAACUGUCAAGAGCUCCUUGGGCGGGCAGUCGCCCGGUGUGUUGACGCAGUAUAGAAACUUUCCUGCUCGGUCUUUGGUAUCCAUCCCAUCGCACCUCUCGUAUAAUGAGGCAUCGACGCUUCCAUGCGCUGCUCUGACAGCUUACAACGCCCUUCUCGGCCCAAGCCCUGUUUUAGGUGGAGAGACAGUUCUCGUUCUGGGAACCGGAGGUGUAUCAAUCUUUGCGUUGCAGUUUGCGGUCGCAUCUGGUGCUACUGUCAUCGCCACAUCAUCGUCCGACGAAAAGCUGAAGAUUGCGGAGAAACUGGGUGCUAAGCAUCUUAUCAACUAUAAGAAGACACCCAACUGGGACGAAGAAGUUAAAAGGAUCACUAAUGGACGGGGAGUCGAUCGUGUGAUCGAAGUGGGUGGUGCUGGUACUCUUCCCAAGUCUGUUAGUUCUGUGAGAAUUGGAGGGUCUAUUGAGGUUAUCGGGUUUGUUGCCAAAGGGGAAGGGUCGAUGGAUUUCCUCAUUCCUGUGAUCAUGAAGUCUAUCCUAGUGCGAGGCGUGUACAUUGGGCCUGUUUCAAAGUUCCAUUCGAUGAUUCGGCUCAUCGAGGCACACCCUGACACCACGCGCCCGGUCAUCGACAAGGUGUUCCCCUUCGACCAGGCACUCCAAGCAUACGCCCAUUUGGAGUCCCAAAAGCAUGUUGGGAAGGUGGUCAUCCAGGUUUCUGGCUAA